CCGGUCGUCGUAGCUCGCAAGCUCUGCGCAUGUCCUAUAUUUACCUUAGUUCAUCCUGUCUGGUGUUGCUGUGCCUAUUGAACCUCCACAGACAUCCAUCCACGAUAGGGAAGAUGAAUCUCAGGCUCCAUUGUGUCAACGUAGCAUCCGACAGCUGUCCUAUUCGUGAGGUUGACCUCAAUUCGGCACGAGAUGUAGAAACGCCGCCAGUCUUGUUCCGUCAAAAUAUUGGAUAAUCUGAUAAUAUUGCUGAAUAGUGUAUAGAUGUACAGUGAAGAAUCCAUUAAGUUCAUCAAGAUCGUGAAGCAGACGCCAGCGAUUUUGGCAGUGUUCACAGAUUGUUAUCAGUGUGCGGAUGCAGGGGAGGUUACCAUAAAGUCCUGCAACAAGAGGAGCUAAACAUUAUUUCGUAGACAGUAAAUAGAUAAAAGUUUUCAAUCCGGUGCCUGUCACUGUCAAGUUCAGAAUCUGUGAAGUAUUGGAUCUUUAGUUAAAUCCACAAAUUACUAUUUAGUACUUCGAAAGUUGAAAUAGGUUUAAUUUUUUUAUGUGAAAUCCGACAGUAUAAAAGAGAAAAAAAAAGAAAAUCUUUGAGAGUGUAGUAAAUCAGUACCUUGUCAUUGGUACUGUAAGUGUAAUUCGAUUAGUGUUGAAUCAAGAUAAAGUGCAACACCUAAUUAAAUAUGCGGCGAGACGAGACCUAUCGACGAAUUACUCGUGAAAAGGUAGUAGUGAGGGGCAAUACCACUAUUCGGACGCUUGACUCUACCGUAUCCUUUCUGCCAAUAAUGGAGAACUCACAGCCUUCUACGUCCAGUUUUCAACACAUGGCCCGGAUGAUGGAUACGCUGAUAUUGGACAAUUUAGCCCCUUUCGCAUUCACCAAAAUUACCACCACUCAUCGUCCGUCAAGGAUCGCUGCAACGAACCUCGGACCGGCAAAUGUAUCGUCGAGCGGUUCCGGGUCAGGUGGAGUUCCUGGAAUGGGAGGAGGGGUCAAAAAAGCGACCAGUACAUCCAACGUGUCGACCAGCUGCGGUAGUAGUGGUGGUGGCAGUGGAAGCGGAGGAGGGGGAGGCAUCGGUAGCUCGUCGAUCCGUGUCAACCUGCAGAGGAAUAAACUUCCCACACAAGAUUUUCUACUUUCAGAGGUGCACCCGAAUCCGCGGCUUGCUGGUAUGGCUUCCAACGCAUCGUCUCCACCCACAGCAACCGAUUCACGCUGGAUAUCGUCAUUGCGCCGCCGGGACCCAGAGCUUCAACCAACGUUGCCUUCAAUCAACAAUUCUAACCACCAUAGUACCUCGUCCUUAACGCACCAGGCCAGUGUCGGAUAUGCGAGCUCAACAAAUACGCUAAGCGAGCGGCGCAGUAGCCGCAAUAGUGGCCAGAAGUCCUCCCUUCGAAAGAGCCGUUCGGUGGAACGCAUCAGAGCGAGAAAGUUGGCUACGUCGAAGAUAAAAGAACGCCCGAAAAAGUCUUCGUCCGAGGAGGGUGGCGGAUCAGAUGACCAGGAGGUUACCUCCGUGGAGGAGAAUUCUCCCCAACAACAGCACUCGCCAGUGAAGCGGAUUGAGAAACCGAAAAUCUUCAGUUCCCUCGGAUACGAACCUCAUUUGAUAGACACGUUAGAGAAAGACAUGCUUCAAAAGAAUCCCAACGUACAGUGGAACGAUGUCGCCGGAUUAAACGAAGCAAAAUCCAUACUACAGGAGGCGGUCGUUCUUCCGGUUAUUCUGCCCGAUUUUUUCCGUGGUAUUCGACGUCCCUGGAAAGGUGUUCUGAUGGUUGGUCCUCCCGGUACCGGUAAAACGAUGUUGGCAAAGGCGGUCGCCACAGAAUGCGGCACCACAUUCUUCAACGUCUCAUCAAGCACAUUAACUUCCAAAUAUCGCGGAGAAAGUGAGAAACUUGUGCGGUUGCUUUUCGAAAUGGCACGAUUCUAUGCACCCAGUACGAUUUUCAUCGACGAAAUUGAUUCGUUGUGCGCAUGUAGGGGAAGUGACUCCGAACACGAGGCCAGUCGACGUUUUAAAGCGGAAUUACUGAUUCAAAUGGAUGGUUUGAAUGCUUCUUGUGAUGAAAAAAUCAUCAUGGUACUAGCGGCAACAAAUCACCCAUGGGAUAUAGACGAAGCCUUCAGAAGACGGUUUGAAAAACGAGUCUACAUCGGUCUUCCGAACGAUAAUACUAGGAAAGCACUAACGGAACUCUGUCUGAAAGGAGUGAAUGUGUCAACGGAUUUGGAUAUGGAGGGAAUAGCGGAACAACUGCGGGGUUAUACCGGUUCGGACAUUGCAAAUGUUUGUCGGGACGCUGCUAUGAUGGCAAUGAGACGACACAUCAACGGCUUGAGUCCAUCGGAAAUAAAAAUGAUACGUCGUGAAGAGGUCGAUCUUCCGGUUUCGGCACAGGACUUCCAGGAUGCAAUGGUGAAAACUCGUAAAUCGGUUUCUGCCAAUGAUGUGGUUCGUUAUGAAACCUGGAUGGAUGAGUACGGAUCGUGCUAGUGCUAUAUAUAAGCUCAACGGGAGUUCUGCAUACCCCUUUGAAUGCGGUAUGGAUCCCUAAUCGCUCUCUUUAUAUAUAUAUAUAUACAUCUCCUAAUUCUCAACUCAUCCAUCUCAAGCGAAGAUAUUGAUCAAUACCACUGUGUUCAUUUGCAAUGCUCGAAAUAGCCAGAAAUGUUUAGUUUAGUUUAUUUUCAUUUACUCUCGACCUUAGAUCGAAUGUAAUGCUGUGUUAUCAAUACCGUUUACAAAAAUACAUGUUACCUUCAAUUAGAAUUUAAAGUACCUAUGUUAUGAUAUGAUUCUCGUAUGACUUAUGCAUUAAAUUAUUUGUAUGUCAUGAAAAAGUCUAUCUUCAUUGUUGCUAAUAAAGAAAUC